AUGAUAUCUAUUCAGGACGUAAGGGUAUGGGCUGAAAAACACAAUCUGUAUAUGGAUUUUGUGGGUCAGAAAAACGCUGAGAGAUGUAUGAACCUAAUGAUUAUUACAUUUCUGGUCAUAGCGUUACCAGUUGGAUAUUACAAACAACAGUUGUCUGAUAGCGUUUUAAUACUAUUAUUCGGCUGUAUACUCACGGCUCUUGCUGUACUACCACCGUGGCCAUGUUACCAUAAAAAUCCAAUUGACUGGUAUCAUGAAGAAACUAAAAGCAACAAAAAAACAGACUGA